GCGGGGUUUGGCCUCGGCUCCCGAGCGGCCUGUGACCAUUAACUCCCUCACCCUCCGCCUCCAGCCCAGGGCGGCCGCGGGGGCACGGGUCACGAGGCCGCCAAGGGGUUUCUCCCCACCGCCCCUCGGCUUCGUGGAGCCGCCGCACCUAUGGCCUUGGCCAUCGCGCUCCUCCUCGCGGGGGUCCUGCUCCCCUGCUGGGGAGAGUUCGCGCUCUUUAAAAAGGGGUCUACAAAGGCAAAUGGGGCGAGGUGUUCCCACCACUCUGAGUGCUUCAGUGACUGCUGUCUCAUCAGCUUGGAAUCCGGCAGUGCCUUCUGUGCGCCUCGGGCCAGAAUAACCAUGACGUGCUUGCCCCAGACCAGGAGCGCCAUCAACAUCGUGUGUCCCUGCCAAGUAGGCCUGCGUUGCAGACACAAGGACCCAAGCUGUAGCCGUCGCUGCCAUUUGAUUUAGAGGAGGAAUGCAGUCUGGU